UGGCCUGACGCUGUCACUCAGACUUGUCCCAAUCCAGAUGGACACUAUUGACUAUUGAGGCCCCAACCGCCAUUAAUCACACUAAUCACAUCUAGUGCGAUGGAAAGAGGGGGGGAGGGUCAAGGAGGGGGGGCCCAACUUUGUUUUUCGGUUCUCCAUGAUCGAUCCAUGGGCCAGAACUCGAGCGUUUGGGAAGAGAGGCCCAUAUCGCAUGGCCAGCCUCGUGCCAGGCCGGGUGGGUUUCCCCGACCCACGUUCCCGCCGCCGCUUUUGCCCGUCCGCCCCUCUCAUUGGCACAACGCUGGCCCAACCUGUCUUGCACCUGCUCUUUACGGUAUGUCGAGAGGCGGUUGGUCCGGGAACCAAUGACGAUUUCCAGAAUUACAGGAUGCUUUUCGUUUCAACAAGUGUCGCCCAGCACACACCACGCGACAGCGGACUCCAAAAAAAAGAUAGCCAUUGUUCUCAGGCCAGGGCACAAACCUAAACCGCCAUCUCCGAUGCUCGGACUGCAAGAGGGCAUGCAUGUGGUCACCCUCCAGCAGAUUCCCCUGUCGCUCAGUCUGCACCCUCGCCUAUUAGCCUGUUAUCGUGGACUCGAUGCCCACCCCUCCAGAGCAUCAAGAAAACCUUAAGU